UCAAUCAUUCUUCUUCCUCUUGAUUCUCCCAGAAAAACCCUAUCACGUACGCACCCUCUCUCAUUUUCCCCCAAAUCUCACGAUUAGUUUAUGCCAAGGUGGGUGAGGGGAGAAUAAUCUUCAAGGUCAACCCAUGAAAGCUUAAAAGGUCUUCGAAUCCUCUCACACCCACACAAUCGCGAUCGAUCUUGUAGAAUCUGGUGGAGGCCGAGAAAAAGAAAAUGUCGUCGGAGAUUGAGGUGGUGGAGGAAGUCCAAUCGAAUCCCAAGGAGAACGGGGAAUCGAGCUCUAAAGGGAUUGAAGACGAGAGUUUGAAGAACGAUGUGUAUACUGCGGCGGCUUAUGGUGAUUUGGAGAAGCUUCAUAGAUUGGUCGAGUGUGAGGGUUGCUCUGUUUCUGAGCCCGAUGGCCUUGGCUACUAUGCUCUUCAGUGGUCCGCCUUGAACAACCGCACCGCCGUUGCCCAGUACAUUAUCGAGCAUGGUGGAGAUAUCAACGCGACGGAUCAUACUGGACAGACUGCGUUGCAUUGGAGUGCAGUGCGUGGUGCGAUACAAGUUGCAGAACUCUUACUACAAGAGGGUGCAAGGGUGGAUGCAACAGAUAUGUAUGGAUAUCAGCCAACACAUGUUGCAGCACAGUAUGGCCAGACUGCUUUUCUCUGUCACGUCGUCUCAAAGUGGAAUGCUGAUCCUGAUGUUCCCGAUAAUGAUGGAAGAAGCCCCUUGCACUGGGCUGCAUAUAAAGGUUUUGCAGAUUCCAUUCGCCUUCUUUUAUUUCUAGACGCAUAUAGAGGACGGCAGGACAAAGAAGGUUGCACUCCUUUGCACUGGGCGGCAAUUAGAGGUAAUUUGGAGGCUUGCACUGUCUUGGUGCAGGCUGGGAAGAAAGAGGAUUUGAUGAUUACUGACAAUACCGGGCUUACGCCCGCACAACUUGCUGCUGAAAAGAAUCACCGACAAGUUUCUUUUUUCCUUGGUAAUGCUAGAAGGCUGCUUGAAAAGCGGUGUGACGGAAGCAGUCCCCUUGGAAGAUUGUCAAAGUUGGGACUUGCUCCAGUUCUUUGGUUCAUGAUCCUGCUGCUUCUACUCAUAUAUACUAAUUCUGUUAUUUUGGCAUCCAAUCUGCCAAAGCUAACAACUGGGAUCGGUGCGCUUGCAUGGCUGGGAUUCCUUCUUGCAACUGCAGGACUAUUUUUGUUUUAUCGUUGUAGCAAAAAGGAUCCAGGUUACAUCAGAAUGAACAUCCACGAUCCGCAGACCAUGAAAGAUGAUGAACCACUGUUGAAAAUAGAGCUAAACAACCCUGCUUUGCUUGCUGGGAAUUGGACGCAGCUCUGUGCAACGUGCAAGAUUAUUCGACCUCUUCGAGCUAAGCAUUGUUCCACCUGUGAUCGUUGUGUAGAGCAAUUUGAUCACCAUUGUCCUUGGGUAUCAAACUGUGUUGGAAAAAAAAACAAGUGGGACUUUUUUCUUUUUCUUCUACUUGAAGUUUUAGCGAUGCUAAUAACUGGUGGCGUCACUCUUGCAAGAGUCUUGAGUGACCCUUUAGCUCCAUCUUCGUUUGGAGCAUGGAUGAGCCAUGUCGCUAGUAAUCAUGUGGGCGCAUUAUCCUUUCUUCUUGUUGAAUUCUGCCUCUUCUUUUCAGUCGCCGUCUUAACAGUCAUACAGGGGUCUCAGAUAUCGAGGAAUAUAACCACAAAUGAAAUGGCUAAUGCACUGCGCUACAGCUACCUAAGAGGUCCAGGUGGUCGCUUCAGGAAUCCUUAUGAUCUAGGUUGCAGAAGAAACUGCUCGGACUUCUUGGUGAAAGGUUAUAACGAAGAUAUUGAGUGUCAUGAAGAAGACACAACACCGAGACAAGAGGGUAUUAGCAUGAUGCAGAUGCAGCGGAGUUCUAAUAUUCAAAAUGGCAAUGGCCAUGUUGCUAUCGAUGUUAACCCGAUACAUAAUUCGCAGUCACAUGUUCAUUCUUCAAACUGCAGCCAUAGCCAUAGCAGUAAGUCAAAGAGUGAUAGUGUUCCUUUGGGUUUGGGACUUGGUCUUGGUCGGAACACAACCCGACCUGUUGUACCUCCAUGAUAUUGUCGUGUCCCAAAUGUUCUUCAGAUGUGCAUUUGUGUUGUAAGAACCACGUGUCCUCUCGUCGGGUCAUGAUAACAUAUCCCAUUUCAGGUGAAGAUAGUAUUUUAACAGAAAUGGUUGUACGUUAUGUUUUCUGAGUUGAGGUAUGGUAAGUUUGAAUCCA